GGCUCCGGAGUAGGACUCGGGGGACAGUYGGGCCACUAGGGCGGGCUGGAUGGCGGGGACCUCCGCAGCUGGCUCCGGCCGGGGGACCAUGGGCGCCUCCGCCUCCAGGGGCCAGGCCACCCGGGUCCCCGGGCCGAAGCUGGACCCCGAGGAGGCGCUGGACCUGAGCCAACUGCCACCCGAGCUGCUCCUGGUGGUGCUGAGCCACGUGCCCCCGCGCACGCUCCUCACCCGCUGCCGCCGGGUGUGCCGGGAGUGGCGCGCCCUGGUGGACGGCCAGGCCCUGUGGCUCCUGAUCCUGGCCCGGGACCAUGGCGCCGCUGGCCGCGCCCUGACGUCGUUCGUCCGCCACUGCCUGCCCCCCGCUUGUGACGCCAGGCCUUGUCCUCUGGGCCGCUUCUGCGUGCGCAGACCCUUGGGACGCAACCUCAUCUGCAACCCCUGCGGCCAGGAAGGCCUCCGGAAAUGGAUGGUGCAGCACGGUGGAGAUGGCUGGGUGGUAGAAGAAAACAAGAGAACUGUGCCGGGGGCCCCUUCACAAACCUGUUUCGUAACUUCCUUCCGUUGGUGCCGCAAGAAGCAGGUCUUGGACCUGGAGGAGGAGGGUCUGUGGCCAGAACUGCUGGACAGUGGCAGGAUUGAGAUCUGUGUCUCUGACUGGUGGGGAGCCAGACACGACUGUGGCUGUAAGUAUCGACUCCUUGUCCAACUUCUAGACGCUGACCAGACCAUUCUAGAUACCUUCUCUGCUGUGCCUGACCCCAUUGAGCAGUGGAACAACAAUAUCUGUUUUCAGGUCACCCAUGUGUUCUCCAACAUCAAGACAGGCGUCCGUUUUGUGGCUUUCGAACACUGGGGGCAGGACACGCAGUUCUGGGCUGGCCACUAUGGAGCCCGUGUGACCAACUCCAGCGUGAUCCUGCGGGUCUCUCAGUCCUAG